CUUCCUCGCGCGCGAACUCCCGCGAGUUCGGGGGAGAACAGCAAUCUAGACACCGCGGCCCCGCCUCCGCCCCCCGCCGCGCCGCGCCCCGUCUUCGCCUUUCCCCCUGGUGGCGCUGCUUCUGCCUCCCCGCAUUGGUUGGCGACCGUCCCUCCCGGCAAUACCGCGCACAAAACCGCGCCCCGUGCCCUCCAGUCCCCCCAUCAAGCUGGUGGCGCAGCGCUACCCGCCACUCCGUCUCCGGACGACGUCCCAGGCGGGGGAUGGAUGGGCGCGGGGGAUCGUCGCGUCCCGUCCGGCGCGGGUUCCCCUGGGGAGGGACGUGCUGGAGGGUUGAGCGGGCCUGGAAGCGCGGGGGGAUCUGGAGGGGAGCAGGACGAGGGCUUGGACGCGCAGGAAGCGGGGGGGAAGUCGUCCCGGCCGCGGACUGUUGCAGAGAGGAAGAGACGAAAUGGAAUUAG